AUGGGUUGCUGCGCGUCCACACCGUCGCAUGACGUUGAUUCCCAGGGCGAACAAGAAACCACGGACAGAUCCCAAGAGACUCGCAAUUCUAUCGCCGAGACGACCAUUCAGACACAAACACAGCCUUCCCGCCGCCGCACUCGACGCGCGCCCGAUUUACCGCUGAGCGAACACUAUAAUGAACCGGUGCGCCUGCAUAUUUGGUAUAGCAAGCGACGUGCCUGGACUCGCGCAGAUCUGGACCGCGAACGCCUCGAAUUCUUCGAGACUCGUGUUACCGGGCGCCCGGAGGUAUGGGCCGCCCUAUCCACCGCUAUCAACUUGAUGCGCGAUGGUGAUUUCGCCACGGCACAAAGUAUUGUCGACGCAGUGGGUGUCACUAUUCCGACCGGUGAUUUGUGCGAGGGAUGUUAUGACGAGCAGGGUGUCCUCUACCGCUUGCCGCAAUGUAUUGUCAACGAUCCGGAGAACAUGGCGAAGACGAAUCCUCCUAGUGCCAACUCCACUCAGGAGGAGAUUGGGCACGAGCAGGAUGGGGAUACUGAGGCGCUGUCCGAUGGGAAGCUAGCGACAGAUGAUGCUUCAGGUGACGAGUUAAUCGCGGGCGAUGCCGAACGCCGCCGCGACGAGAAGGGCAAAACGAGCGAGCGCGAUUUGAUCCGUGUGCAGGCCCGUCUUAGUGAUCGUGACGGCCCGGAUCUGAUACUGAUGGUGAGCAAGGGGCAGAGUGUCGGCUUCUUGGCUCGUAAAAUUCAGCAAGAGGGAGAGAUAUCGACUCACCAGCGCGUACGACUCGCUUACCUCGGCCAUAUGCUAAAAGAGCAAGAGUCGCUGCCCGAGCAAGGGUGGCAGGAUGGCCAUGUCAUCAACGCCAUGGUAGUAAGGCGACCCUCUCUCUAA